UCAGUAAUACUAGAAUUAUUACUGACGUAACAUUAUGCCAGACAUGGUUGAAUCGAGCAUUUAUGAUGUGCUCUAGAGGAGAUUCAAAAUAUAUCGAGGCGCACGUGCCGCCGUCACCGUGCGCCACGGCUUCGACCUGAUGACGGAGAUCAAGAACAGCAACACCCAGGGCCCAGAGCUGGAGGUGCCCUUGAUGAUGCUGGUCGAGGCUCUGUGCGAGCUGCGCUGCCCCGAGGCCAUCCAAGGCCUGGCCGCCUGGAACCUCUGCAACACGGGCAAGAGCCUGGCCUGGCUGUCGUCGGUGGCCCUGCAGGCCGAGGGACGCUUUGAGAGGGCGGCGGUGGAGUACCAGGAGCAGCUGACGGCCGUCACGGGGACGGACUGCUCCAUCCUGGGCUCUGAGCGCCUGCUGAAGCUGUCCUCCUCCAGUGGCAGCAGCGGAGCGGUGUCCAGCCCCAAGCACACGGGCAACGGCGAGGGCAGGAAGACGGUGCUGCUGAAGGCCACGGAGUGCUCCUCGGAGGUGCUCAACUUCCUGGCCAACAAGGCGUGCCAGUGCUACGUGGCCCUGUGCGACUGGCCCUCGGUGCAGGAGUGGCAGGCCAGCGUCCAGGCCCUCAAGAAGAACUCCUCGCCGACCGGGGUGCACCUCAAGAUGGACUUCAACUACAUCAAGGCCCUCAGCCACUUCGAGGACGGGGACUUUGAGCAGUGCGGUGCCCAGCUGGAGCUUCUGCCCGGGGAGGACUGCAGCCUGCUGAGCGCCACCGGCGCCAAGGACAAGCUGGAUCUGAAGCGCCUGCUGCCCUCGGUGCUGAGCCUGGACCCCUCGGAGCUCCAGAAGGCCAUCGAGGUGCAGCUCCUCCGCAGUGCCGUCAGCGCCAUGAGCGUCGCCAGCAGCCCGCCGGAGCACAAGGCCACGCAGAGCACCGAGACGCUGGUCCGCUACCUGAAGCAGACGGGGCGCAUCACCCUGGGCCCGCUGCGCCUCUCCACCCUGACGCUGGCCAGCGGCCUCCCCAGCGUGUCCACCCUGCAGCUGCACUGCAUCACCGCCCUGGACAGCACCCUCACCGGACACGAGGACUGUGUGAUCCCUCUGGACAGCGAGGCCCUGAGCUCCUGUAAGCAGCAUGACGUGCAGCCCUGGCUCCAGGCCCUGCGCUACACGGUGUUCGAGAGGCGGCUCCUGCUCAAGCUCAAAGCUGAUAUAUCAGAGCCGACUCCUGAGAGCAGACAUAUCUGAAACUGUCAGGGAGGAACCAUGGUUACCAUCUCUGAACCGGACCCUGGACUCUCUGAGGAACCUGGGGACACGUCUUUGGACCGGAGGGAGCGCAGGAAGAGAAGAUU